GGUUCCUCUCUCGCUCCCUCCUUGGUUCCCUCCGCCUCCUUCCGAUCCCGCCCCCUCCCCCGCCGCUACCCUCCCCGACUCCCCUCCGCUCUCGGCCCCCGGCUUCGCGCUCCUUCCCGACAUCCCUCCGCUCCCUCCCACACCCCAGUUACCUGCCCAUCAGCAAGGUCACCGUCUCCCUCCUGCCUCCACUCCAGUCACCUGCCAACCAACAAGGUCACCGUCUCCCUUCUGCCAUAAACGUAGCCGGCUGCCCGCAAGGCCACAAGGGCCCAGCUCAGCGUUCGACAUGUCUGGACGUGAGGUCCGUGAGUAUACCAAUCUCAGCGAUCCUAAAGAUAGGAAGUCGGGGAAGGGGAAGGACAAGAUCGAUGAUGAGGACGUCACCUUUCAGCGCAUGGUUGCAAAGAUGCAGGAUGUUGCCGGUGAGAGGGGAGGCUACCUUCAUGGACGGGGAGCAUUGGACAGUGAUGAUUUGCUUUACCUCAAAGAGCAAAUGGAGGCUGAGGAAGAUGCAGAGCGUCUUCUUCGCCGUACAGAGAAGCGGGCAUUCGCUGCUUUUAAGAAAGCAGCGACUCUAGCUGAUUCUGCACCUGCUCUACCCGCCGCUCUUUGUGUCGACGCCAGGCCAAAAAGCGACAUAAGGCAACGGGAUCUCUUGAAGAACAUUGUUGGGAUCAAACCGAAGCGACCCAAGGUUUGCAGCCCUCCGCAAGCAGCAGAGAAUGACGGACCUAAGCAGAACCAGGAAGUUUCUGUCAGCAAAAUGUCUUCAUGUCAGAAUGAACCAAAGCCAGCUGAAGCAACAGAGUCUAGGCCACAGAAUGUGACUGGAAGCUUGCUUGGCCUGGCGUACGAGAGCUCGGAUGAAGAAUGACCAGUGGUGUAGGGAGUCACUGUAGGCUGUAGGCCGCGUGUUAGUUCAUCUGCAACGUUGCUAGAUUGUGUUUCUGUGCGGGAGUUCGGGGUAAUUCAAGAACUCUUUCUGCUGAAAAUCAAGCUUGAGUCACUGAAUGCUUCUCUGGAAUGUUCUGUUCUGGACACAGACGCAUCCGUUCUUCGUGCAAUAUUGUGAGUGAUUCUGCGUA